AUGGACCAGUAUCUACCUCUCUGGUUUCCAGAGCCCCAGAACCUCCUCUUCCACGAGGUGUGGGAGCGCCCCGUGGCUUUGGAGGCUGAGCUGGCUCUGACGCUGAAGGUCCUGGAGACCGUGGCCAACUCGACCCUGGGGGACAUCCUGGACCAGCCCCUCAGCAUGCUGCGCCACAUCCACGCCAGACUCCAGGCCUGUGUCCCAGCUCAGCCCACGGCAGGCCCCAGGUCCCAGGGCCACCUCCGCCACUGGCUGCACAGGAUCCAGGAGGCCGAGAAGAAGGAGUCCCAAGGCUGCCUCGAAGCCUCUGUCACGUUCAACCUCUUCCGCCUCCUCACCUUGGACCUGAAAUGUGUCGCCAGUGGAGACCUGUGUGUCUGA